AAAAAAUGCUGAUUCAUUCAGAUGAUAAGACCUUUUCGUCGCUAUCGUCAAUUGAACUAAGUCCCCAGGUCCAGCUAUCCCGAUUCAACAAGUUUAUCAAUUAUAAUGGUAUCAAAAGAGUGAAGAUCUCCCCGGUUUCUCCAAAUUCUUUAGAAUUUGAUUUCCAUCAACAAGAGUCAGAAAGAUUGAGUCGGUAUCAUCUUCUCCGGGCGUCCGCGGCAAUGUCCGCCUCGAACGAAUCCAUUGGAGUUGAUGAGGUUGGAAAUAUCACUCAUGCCGGUAGGGUUCUCCAACUAGAUGGCGCAAAUGAUGACGGUUUGGAUAUUAAUAUCGAUAUGGAUGAAGAAGAAAUCGUUGAUUAUUUCGGAAUAAAUAAAAAUGAAGAUAACUUGGAUGUUGACGAAUACUACUCUGAAAGAAGAGAAAGUUUUGGCUCAAUUGACCCAAAUGAAAACGAAGAAUAUUUUGAAAAAUUUCAAGAUAUUGAAGAUGUGAAUAAUGAUAAAGGUUAUGAAUAUACUUGUUUUGAGAAAUACGGUGAUAGAAGAUACUCAAACAAUUCCCAUAAUUGUAUUCAUUAUGAAAAUAAGGAUUCAAAAGAAUUGGGUAAAGCUAAAUUCCCCAUUAAUCCUCAAAUGGCUUAUAUGGAUUGGGAACGUCAUGAUGUUCGUACAUUGGAGGAAAUAUCCCACCCACUAAACGAUACUGACGAUGGUGUAUCAGUGUCCCCUCCAAGCCAAGAUAACAAAUUACAAGAUGAUGAAAAUUCUUCAUCGGAUAGUGAAGAAGAAUUUGAACCAGUAAAUAAUGGUGGGGUCCACGAACCGUUCAGGCCGGGGCUUUCGAAAGUUCUUACCCAUGGAGAAGCCGACCUUUUGGAAUUACAGCCCGCCACCAAAUUCAGAGAUCUGCUUAAAUUGGAUUUCGUUGAUACUAAAAAAAUACCCGCUGUAAAUCAUCUAAGAAAGUAUAAGAAUAAUUUGUCCAGUAUUAUCAGCGAUAUGAAUGGGAAGCUGGACUACUUGGUGCUUUGCAAAGACUCGCUGCUCCACUUUCAUACGUUUGAUUCAAUGACGGGCGUCCCCGAUGUAAAACCCGCUUUAAAAUUCGAUACGAAACCUUCGUUAACCACCACUUCAGAUAGAUUGAUUUCAACAUGGCCAUAUUACCCCCAUACCAUCAAUUUCAUCAAGUCUUACUCCAACUGGUUGGGGAAAGAAGUUUUGGGUACGUGUGUGGAUGAUGGAACGGUGAUGGUCUGGUUCACCGAUCAAAUCUGGCCAUGCAUCGAAAAGUUUGGAAUCAAAGUAUUGUCGGAUUCCCGAUUCAGAGAAACAUACCAUCUUGAUUCCAAUUCAUAUUUCAGUUUUAAGGUGAAUCCAACGUUUAAAAUAAAAAUGGAAUCUUCAUGUUGGGGGAUUGAUUUCUUAAGCUAUACCGACAAUUACAAUAAUCAGCAUAAUUUAAUAGUGGCUUCAGAUAACUCUCAGAGCAUUACAUUAUUCUAUUAUCACGCACAGGAUGAAAGAUUCUACCAUAUCACCAGCCAUCAAUUAUUACAUAAUAUUCCGGACGUGUCAUUUCUCGACUACGACAUUGAUUAUGAAUUGAAUAAACAUACGGUUCAAGUUUCGUGUGCAUCGAUCUCGGGAGAAUUGGUUAUAUUCAAGUUUGAAUUCAAACUUCAGGCGGGCCCAUUGAAUGAACAUGAUUAUAAUUUUUUCAAAAAUGAAGGGUUGUACUAUAUUGAUCCGGGAAUGGCUCAAAUGGAUGCUAGUAAUGGGGUUAACACUCGGGGCCAUAACCAAGAUGAUGAAAUCGUGGAAACAGAGCUAAGGUCAAACAAAUUCCCCAGAAUCAUUUUCAAUACCCCAGUUGUAAUCCGUCGAACGUUGUUCAAAGAUGACUGCUGGACUUCAAGACCAAUCAGCUCAAAGUAUUUCUUGAAUGUUCAAUCAUUGAGGGCAAUGACGGGAGACCCUUGGAUCCAGGAUUAUGAAAACUAUCUUCAUAUUGCUAAUUCAUCGACCAUGCUUGAUUUAACCUUUGAUCCACUACAAACAAGCCAUUUCGGUUUGGCGGCAAAUUGGCAAUUCUUUGAAACUCCAGUGGUCAGCAUGAACGAGUUUCCUAGUUCCAAGAACCCAGAAUCGGUUUUCGAAACCGCCAAAAUGACCUCGGUAGAUGAUGAAUACCGUCGUAUCCAUAAAGGUAUCAAGCAUGUUUACCAACAACUAAUCCAAGAAAACAACCAACCUUCAAAAUCCUUGAAUGGUCGCCAUUAUAGACUCGAUCCCAGAAAGCAUAAUAAACCUUUCAACCUAUUGGCGGUUUCCACCUCGAAAAAAUUGGGUCUUUUCCGUGCUGAUAACCUCCUUUGUGUGGCUGCAACCAAAAAACUCUUUGAUCUAGCUAUCCCCUUCGACGAAGAGAGCAGGUACUCGAAUCGAUUAUCAAUCACCCAGUUGAUCCCUGAACUCCUGUGUUUCAUCGCCUUAUCCCAACAGGGGUUGGUCACCGUCAUGAGACUCUGCCAGCACCGAGGCGUCUACGGAAUGAGACAGGAACUCGUCUUCCCUCAUGCUCCUUCGAUGACCUUUGGCUACUACGACCAUCGCACCAUCGCCGGGUUGGCAGUAAGAAACGUCUCGGUGGACGCCUUGCAUCCACGCUUCCACUUGUAUCUCACCUACUCUGACGGAAUCGUCAUGACCUACACUCUACUGCUCAACGAAGACCACGAUAUAGUAAGUAUAUAGCUUUAUUUAAUGAUAUUUA